CACAUUAUCAGUGCCAAGUAACAGUAGCAAUAGAAGAAAGGGUGUGCCAUAAAUAAGCAGAGAGAGAGAGAGAGAGAGAGAGAAGAGAGAUUGAGGGAAAGUUUGAUUGUUGGACAUGGAAAAAAGUGACUUGUAUUCAGAAUGGGCUGAUGAGGAGUACCAAGCUGCAGUGAAGAAGAACAAAAACUACAGCUCCUUUGUAGUUCCAUGGCCCUCUUGUGGUGAUGGUGAGGCUUCUAUUUCAUCCCAAUGUGUUGGACUUGGUUAUGAUCAUCAUCAUCAUCAUCAUCAUCAUCAUCUUGAUCAUGAUCCUUCAUGUUCAUGGUCUAAUAUGCCCUUUGGAGUAGUAGAGGCUAAAGAAGAUGGAGCUGCAAGUGGUUCCAAGAGCCAUAGCCAUAGCCAAGCAGAGAAGCGUCGAAGGGACAGGAUUAAUGCACAGCUUGCUACUCUUAGGAAAUUAAUUCCCAAGUCUGAUAAGAUGGACAAGGCAGCUCUGUUAGGGAGUGUAGUUGAACAUGUGAAAGACCUCAAGAGAAAAGCAAUGGAAGUGAGCAAAGUCCUCACAGUUCCAACAGAUGUUGAUGAAGUCACCAUUGAUUGCUACUUUGAUCAAGAAACAACAAUUAGUUCCAACAUGAGCAAGGAGAACAUCCUCAUCAAGGCCUCUGUUUGCUGCGAUGAUCGGCCGGAGCUGCUUGCAGAGCUCAACCAAGCCCUCAGAGGCCUAAAACUCACCACAGUCAGAGCAGAUAUGGCCAGUUUGGGGGGAAGAAUUAAAAGCAUUUUUGUGUUGUGCAGUAAGGAUGGUAAAGAGGGUGUUUGUAUGAAGGGUGUCAUACAAUCCCUUAAAGGAGUGUUGAGUAGAAUUGCUUCUUCAACUUCUACAGGAGGAUCAAGCUAUCGCAUAAAAAGCAAGAGGCAGAGGUUCUUCUUGCCUUCUUCUCACUAUUAAAGUCACCAUUAAACCAAGGGUUGGCCGGGAAAAUCCGAGGAUAAGAUUUAAGGUAUCGAGUUCAAGUCUAUUAAGGGUAACUGGAAGUUUACUUGGUCCUUAAUGCCAUCGCCUCCAGCGAUUAGUUCUCAGUUGUUCAUAUAUGAGAUAACUUCGGUCUAAUUGAGCUGGGCUGAGCGGGAGAUAGCUUGGAUUAUAUAAAAAAGAGUUACCAUUAUAUUGUUAAGGGUUAUAUAGAAUUUAUGAUAAGAAGGAUCUGAUAAUAUCAUUUGUGAAAUUAUGAAGAUAAUAAUAAGCGUUUUGAUUGAAAAUGAGAAAAUCCUAUUAUGCCACAUAGUUCUAUA